AUGGCGCAGCUUAAGCCUUACAGAGGGGGUUACUACCUCUGGAAAUACGUCCCCUCGCUCCCAGCAGCAAUCAUCUUCUUGAUACUUUUCGUCGCUGCCACAACAUUCCACUUUUGGAAGCUCCACCGAACAAAAGCUUGGUUUUGCCUCGCAUUCGCUCUUGGGGGACUCUUCGAAGUAGUUGGUUACAUCGGUCGAGCCGCUGCUCACGACAGAACAGAUUCGGUGAUAGUUUACGCGAUUCAGAAUGUCUUCCUCCUUCUUGGACCUACCCUCUUCGCAGCCUCCGUAUACAUGACCCUCGGGCGAAUCAUCCGCAGCGUCCACGCCGAGGAACACUCGCUUGUUCGGAUCAACUGGCUCACCAGGAUAUUCGUGAUGGGCGAUGUCGCAUCAUUCCUUGUGCAAGGCAGUGCAUCCGGCCUAAUGGCCACGGGGAAUAACGUGGAGCUAGGCUCGCACAUUGUGGUGGCUGGUCUCGUCAUCCAGGUUAUCAUGUUUGGUCUGUUCAUCAUCACAUCGGCUGUUUUCGAGAUUCGCAUGCGUCGAUCGCCCCCAACAGAGGCCUUCGAUGAGCGGAUCAACUGGAUUAGUCGAGUGCGCACACUCUAUGCUGUCAGUGCGCUUAUUCUGAUUCGAAGCAUUUUCCGGGUUGUGGAAUAUGCUGCUGGGAAUGAUGGAUAUCCACUUACCCAUGAAUGGAUGCUAUAUGUGUUUGACUCUGUGUUGAUGAUAAUCUCUAUGGUCAUCUGGGGUAUUUGGUAUCCUGGAACUCUGCCAAGACUCAUAGUGCGGAAUCAGGAGAUAGUCACAGAAGUAGUGGCCGACGUGGAGCUGAAGGGGCGCCGAGCUGAAUAG